CAGAGGCCGCUCUCCCCUCCUUCCUUCCCAGUCUGCACUGCGCGCCGCGGCCUUGUUCGCGCCUUCGGCCCGUUGAGGAGCUGCCGCCGCCAUGUCCGACUAUCCCGGAGCCCAGACCGGGAACCGAAAGGACGCUUUUGCCGAUGCCGUGCAGAGGGCUCGACAGGUGAGCGAGGAGCCAGAGAAGAUUGCAGCAAAAAUUGGUGGUGAUGCCGCUAGUGGAGUUAAUAACACCCCUGAGUUUAAUUUUGGUGGACAGAAAAGGCAGUUAGAAGAUGGAGAUCAGCCCGAAUGCAAGAAAUUAGCCACCCAAAGUGAGCCCAUUGCUGCUCCGCUCACUCCAGUCCACCCACCUCGGUCGUCUACAAUGACAGAGGAAUACCGUGUGCCAGAUGGCAUGGUUGGACUCAUCAUUGGUCGGGGAGGAGAGCAAAUCAACAAAAUCCAGCAGGAUUCUGGAUGCAAAGUACAGAUCUCUCCAGAUAGCGGAGGGAUGCCAGAGCGUGUGGUGUCUCUGACCGGUUCACCAGAUGCUGUUCAUUAUCCUAGGAAGGCAAAAAUGAUGCUUGAUGAGAUUGUCACAAGAGGUCGAGGUGGACCUCCAGGCCAGUUCCAUGAUAACUCCAAUGGGCAGAAUGGUUCUUUACAGGAGAUCAUGAUCCCUGCUGGCAAAGCAGGACUCAUUAUUGGCAAGGGAGGUGAAACGAUCAAACAGUUACAGGAACGUGCUGGUGUAAAAAUGAUCCUGAUACAGGAUGGGUCCCAAGGAAGCAAUGUGGAUAAGCCUCUGAGGAUUUUGGGAGAACCUUUCAAAGUGCAGCAAGCCUGUGAGAUGGUGAUGGAUCUUCUAAGAGAAAGGGACCAAGGCAAUUUUGGCGACAGGAAUGAAUAUGGCUCAAGAGGAGGAGGAGGAGGAGGAGGAGGAGGAGGCGGCGGUGGUGGUUUAGGUGGCGGAGGUGGAGGAAUAGAUGUACCUGUUCCUCGUCACUCUGUGGGUGUUGUAAUUGGACGCAAUGGGGAGAUGAUUAAAAAGAUUCAGAAUGAUGCAGGUGUCAGGAUUCAGUUCAAACAAGAUGAUGGGACAGGUCCUGACAAGAUUGCUCACAUUAUGGGCCCACCAGAUAGGUGUGACCAUGCAGCUAGAAUAAUCGGUGACCUUCUGCAGAGUUUGAGAAGUGGACCACCAGGACCACAAGGCCCAGGCAUGCCCCCGGGAGGCAGGGGUAGGGGGAGAGGACAAGGGCCAUGGGGCCCACCAGGUGGUGAAAUGACCUUCACUAUCCCCACUCACAAGUGUGGCCUUGUGAUUGGCAGAGGCGGUGAAAAUGUGAAGGCAAUAAACCAACAGACUGGAGCUUUUGUGGAGAUCUCUAGGCAGCCACCACCCAAUGGUGACCCAAACUUCAAAAUGUUCAUUAUCAGGGGCUCCCCGCAGCAAAUUGACCAUGCCAAGCAGCUCAUAGAGGAGAAAAUUGAGGGUCCUCUUUGUCCGCUUGGUCCUGGACCUUCUGGGCCUGGCCCUGCAGGUCCAAUGGGUCCUUUCAAUCCAGGACCCUACCAAAGUGGACCUCCGGGAGCACCUCCACACCCAGGCCCACCUCCACCUCCACCUCCUCAUCAGUACCCCCCUCAAGGUUGGGGCAGCACAUAUCCACAGUGGGGGCAACCUCCAGCCCCUCAUGACCCCACAAAGCCUCCAGCCCCUACAGAUCCCAGUGCUGCCUGGGCUGCAUACUAUUCACAUUACUACCAGCAGCCCCCAGCUCCUGUCCCGGGGCAACCCCCUGCCGUCCCUGUACCUCCACCACAAGGAGAGCCACCACAGCAGCCCCCGCCUGCCAGUCAGCCUGACUACACGAAGGCAUGGGAGGAAUACUAUAAGAAGAUGGGUCAACAGACUCCACAGCCCACUGGGCAGCCAGAUUAUACAAAGGCCUGGGAAGAAUAUUACAAGAAACAAGCUCAAGUAGCAACUCCAGGUGCCCCCGCAGCAGCAGCCGCAGCAACGGCUGCUCCCCCCGCAGCACAGCCAGAUUACAGCGCAGCGUGGGCAGAGUACUACAGACAACAAGCGGCAUACUAUGGAACAGCACCUGGAGCUCCCCCUGCACAGCCACCUCCGGCACAGCCGGGACCACAGGCCCAGUGAAUGUCACUCUAUCACCUGUUGCCAGUCUGAAGAGCGCCUCUGCUGCUGCUGUCCUCUCAGUGGAGGAAAAGCUGUUUUGAAGAGUCGUCUAGUCGUUUUAUUUUAAUUUUAUUUUUUUUAGGACCUCCCUCCUAUAUCCCUCACCUUCUUCCAAUUUGUCAUCUUCUUCAAAAAAAAUACAAAUUAAAUUACAUGCCUGUUCUGUGAAAAAACGCAGGUGUAGAAAUUAGGACUAAUCUGAAUUUGUCCCUCACUCCCAGUCUUCCUUCUCCCCUGCUGUAUCCUUCCAACAAAAACACACGGUUUUAUUCACUGGAACCUCCUGUGAGUAAUUAAAUUUAUUUUUUAAUUUUUUUUGUUUUGUUUUUUAAGUAAAGAGAGAAUAUGUCCCUGUGCUUUUAGUUGGUUAAACAUUCCCUGGUGACACCCCCAUGCUGCCUGCCGGUCCCUUCCCCCUGCAGCUGGGGCUUGUGACGUCUGCUGGUCCCUCCCCCUGCAGCUGUGGCCCAUGAAGUCCACCGGGCCCCUCUGCGGCUGGGGGGUCGUGAUGUGUUUUGUCUGUUCAGAGACAUGGAAACUGUACGCUGAGUUUUUACUUUUUAUUGCCUGUUUUUAACUUCACAAUAAACAAUGACAAAACUCUUCCGGCUUCCCGGCUACUUUCUCUCCUCAUUGUUUCCCUGUUAUCUCUUCUUCCUCUUUGCUGCUGUUCUGUCUGUUCAGAAAAUGAUUUGUUUUAUUUUUUUUUUCUUCCCCGUGAGAGAUGCUUGUUAAUAAACGUUUCUCGUGAUGAA